CUGCCACCGCUGCUCAUUGCUCCACCAUGGCCACAUCCCAGGGCAUACACUCGAUCAGCACAAUCCUCAAGCGCUUGGAGGCUGUCACAAGUCGUCUGGAAGACAUCGCAGUCACGCAGACAUCUCACGGCAGCUCUGUCAAGUCGCCUGCCCCCACUCCUGAUACUCCGACGGGCGUUGCUCCACCUGCGCCGGAGACUCCCAAAUCCGCAGAAAUGACUCAGCCCACUCUGUCCCCGGCCUCCAAGGUCUAUCAGGACGAAAUCGUUAACGGUGCUCUCAAUGACUUCCUCUCGAAAUCCAAGGAAGUGGGAGGCUUGGUAGCUGAACACUCGGCUCUCAUAGGCCUCCUAUGUGAAGCGCAGUUAUCUUUCCUCCAAUUUGCGUCAAAUCACGCAAAGCCCUCUGCUCCUAAUGCACUGGCGCCAUUGCUGGAACCUCAGGGAAAGGCCAUUGAAGCGGUCAUGGAGACGAAAGACAAGCUCAGUCGAUCCAAAGAAGGUCGCGAGUGGGGUGUCUGCUUUAAUGUAUUGGGAGAAGGUGUCCCCGCUUGGGGCUGGGUACAGAUGGAACCUACACCUGCCCCUUACAUUCAUGAGAUGAAGAACGCCGCUCAAUUCUGGUCCGACCGCGUGAUCAAGCAGUACAAAGAAACGAAUACAUCGGUAGUUGCCUGGGCCAAGUCAUUCAUUGCGUUGAUUGCUGCCCUUGAAUCCUAUGUUAAGGAAUGGCAUGUUACUGGUGUAGUCUGGAACCCUAAGGGUUCCCCAGCCCCCUCUUCUAUACCCAAGACAUCAACAUCUGCUCCUCCCCCACCUCCUCCACCUCCUUCUAGCUCAGCACAGGCUGCUUCUACUCCCGCUGCUUCUGGAGCUGCUGCCCUUUUGGCUGAUUUGAAUCGUGGUGGCGCCGCCACUUCUGGAUUGCGAAAGGUCGAUAGUUCCCAAAUGACACAUAAGAACCCCUCACUUCGUUCCGCCAGCAUUGUCCCUGACAAUGGAAAGAAGGGCCCGCCUCUCAAGCCCAAGCCGGGCGCGAAGCCUGCAAAGAAGCCUGCCAAGGUCGAGCUUGAAGAUGGGAAUAAAUGGAUCAUUGAAAACCAAGAGGACAAUAGGUCUAUUAAAAUUGACAACACUGAACUUCACCACACUGUUCACAUCUUUGGUUGCGUCAACUCUGUGGUUCAGAUCUCCGGCAAAAUCAACGCUGUGACCAUGGCCGGAUGUAAGAAGACCUCUGUCGUCCUAGACUCUGCCGUAUCCUCUUUCUCUAUCACUUCGUCCCCCUCAUUUGAAGUCCAGAUCAUCGGCUCCAUUCCCACCAUCCAAGUCGACACCACUGACUCCGGCCAGGUGUAUCUCUCAAAGGAUUGCAUGGAAGUGAUCGAAAUCAUUACCAGCAAGUCCAGUAGCAUCAACAUUUCUGUUCCUACCGGCGAAGAUGGCGAUUUCGUCGAAAGGCCUGUGCCUGAACAGAUGAAGUCAAGGGUAGUCGACGGAAAACUCGUCACAGAGAUUGUAGAGCACUCAGGAUAGAUAGAAGGAAGAAAGAAAGAAGGAGAGUUCGUCAAUGAAUGGUUCUGAAAUAUAAAAUGCAUGUUG